CGAGCGGCGGCCGGGCGCAUAAACAAGGCGCGGCCGCUGAGGGGAAGUGAAGCGCUGGCCGCUGGGGUGAAGCGCCGGCGGGGGCGCCGCUGCCCGCCGCGCAGCAGGAGCGCGGCCUUCUCCAGGUCCCGGCAGCCCCACGGGUUUAAAGAGGCUAAAGCUUCACUAGAACUGUAGGUAGAAUGGACAGUUACUUCAAAGCUGCAGUCUGUGACUUGGACAAACUGCUUGAUGAAUUCGAACAGAAUACAGAUGAAUAUGAAUGCUGUAGGACACCUCAAAAUCCGUAUGACUCAGAACACCAUGCGCUUUCUUCAGUUCUGGAUUGCUUACAACAUGUAUACCCAACAGCAAAACUGCAAGAGGAUGCUGACAGUUAUACUUCAUCAGAAGAAAUCUCUCUAGCUGGCCACACUGGAACAAGUGAAACACUUCUGAGUUAUUCACCACAAAAUGAGAAGAGUAUUUCUGGACCAGAUCUUUUGUCCACUGUAGACAGUGGUUCCUUAAAUGAAAUUCAGGCUUUGAACCUGGGAAGGUGUAGUAUACCUGUGUGUGAUCUUGUUAAUGACACAGGUAACUUAAUCCAUUCAGUGGCUACUCAUGAAAACACUCAAAAGUUGCAGCCAGAUGACUUCCAGAUGUGUGUUUCAUCAGCUGGUUGCAGUGGUGUUUCAAGUACUGAACAGAGUGAUGGGGACUCAAUGCUACAAGAUUCAGGAUGUCUUAAAACAGAGGAGGUUAGUAAUUUGGCUUUAAAAUCAGACAGUUAUGCUACAGCAAAGAUCUUGGAUCCAUGUGGUGAUCAACACAGGACAGAAUCUAUAAAGUGCAGUGAAGAAUUUGAUCAGAUUGAACAAACUGCUUGCCUUAAUGCUCCAUUUGUCCCUGUAACAUUGCAGAAUUCAAAUGCAUACAGUCCCAAAGAUCAGAAAGCAUAUAAUAAAUUGCCUUGUGAAGCACAAGAUGAAGGAGCAAGCUCUGCAGUAACUGAAGAGACAUAUGGAAAAAAUAUCAUAGAAAGGGUAAACUCAGAAGAUGAGAGUAACAUUGAAUCCAUGCCUUCAGAUCUGCCAAAGCAGCCUCAGUUGCACAAAAGCCAUGCAACGUUACCUGGAAAUGGUGUUUUACCAGGCUCUUCAUGUCAAACAGAAGCUAAAGUAGAAUUAGAAGAGAAAAUUACUGAAGAGAAAGUAGACAGUGAAGAAUUUAAUAGCAAUGAAAUACUAGACAGUGUUUCGACUUCGUGUAUUUCAGCUGAGGAUGUCCAAACCUCGCUGUCAUGUCUUCCGCUUCCUGCAUCUAUGUGUGGUUCAUUAGUUGUAACAGAAGAAGACGUUAAUCCUCUACCUCAAAAUGAAAUGGCGGAGGUUAUUAGUGAUAUUUUGACUGUUCAUGCUGAAAAGCCUAAAAGUGAUCUCUCUGAUAGGGAAUCCUGUGAAAGCACUGACUUGCAUGAACAGGAAGGCUAUGUAGAAAUCAACAAAAAUUUAGUGGAAAAAAGGACAGAAGGAGAGAAAUACAGUGCUGAGAAUGUAAUUGAUGACAGUGAUUCUCAUCAAAUCCAGGCAUUUUCUUCUGCUUUUCUAGAAUAUGAAGCUGAGCCAUAUGGUGUUGGUCUAGACUCUUAUUAUGAUGAAAGUAUGAGCCCAGUUAUGGCUGACUUUACUGUUGAGGACAAUGUUAUUAACAGUGAUACUCUAAUAAGUGAUGCUGAGCUGGAUGCUUUCUUAUAUGGACAAAGUCACCAGUCCAAUGUGUUGAAGUCAUCAGACAAUGAUAGUAACUUAAUGGAAGCUCAUGCAGAUGAAGGGAAUUUAACAAAUGUGAACAACCUGGGUUCCACAGAUGUCAGUGAAGAACACAUGCAAGAAAAACUGGUGGAGAUUACAAGCAUUAAUAGUAAUAAAGUAACUCUUACUGCCAGUGAGUUGGAAUCUACAACAAAAGAGAAUGUAUCUCGUAUUCAGGACAUGACUGAGAGGAGUAGUGAAACACUAGCUUCUAAUGUUUGUACUGAAGGUGCAAGGCCAAAGCAGCUGCUUGGCCUUUCCCAAGGAGCUGUUGGUCAGAGACAACUGGAUAAAACAGAUGUACUUGAGAGAGAAAAUGAGGAAGCCAGUUCUGCUACUCCAGAAGCUCCCGUCUCAGGUGCUAGCACAAAUGUUGAUAAAGAUUCUGACCCUGCGCACUCUGGGGAUAGCAGCUCAGAAGCUGGAGGAAAUCAAACAUCUGAAAAUUUGGAAUCACUUAAAGUAUCUGCAGCACUUUCACGGAAACAACCGUUGUGGGUUCCUGACUCAGAGGCACCCAACUGCAUGAACUGCCAAGUCAAGUUCACGUUCACGAAAAGACGACACCACUGUCGUGCAUGCGGAAAGGUUUUUUGUGGUGGCUGUUGCAAACGAAAGUGCAAACUACAGUACAUGGAGAAGGAAGCAAGAGUCUGUACUGGCUGUUAUGAUGAUAUUAAUAAAGCACAGGCAUUUGAAAGAAUGAUGAGUCCAACUGGUCGUGUCCCCAGUUCCAGUACCUCCUCUGAGCAGUCUUCUGCUGUUCCACCUUCGGAGGAAGCCCAGGUGUCUGGUAGUGCUAGCUCUCCUUCACCUUCUGCACUGUUACCUAUCUCAGUACUUAAACAACCUGGGAUUGAAGGACUGUGCCCCAAAGAACAGAGGAGAGUUUGGUUUGCAGAUGGUAUUUUGCCAAAUGGGGAAGUGGCUGAUACAACAAAACUUUCUUCUGGAGCAAAGAGAUCGUCACAGGACUUAAGCCCAGUAAACCCUGACUUGCCAGAGAUGCAUAUGACUGCAAACCCAGAGGAAUAUGACACAUUAACUGAUGUAAAUUCAAAACACAAAGAAGAAAUUGAUGUUGUUACAAGAAAGGAGGAAGUAUGUCCUGUUUCUUCAGAUGAUGCACAACAGGCCAUUCCAGGCCCGAGUGAGGUGGCACAUAGUUAUAAACCUGUAACUCUAGAAACUGAAGGGUGUUCUACUGCAGAAGCUGAGAAGACUAGUUCCAGUUCAACUAAUCUGACUACAAGUGAUAUGCCUGUUAGUCCUUCAAGUUACAGAGCACUAUGUGGUGUUGAAAACUGUGUUCCUAAAGAGAUCAGCCUUGUUCCUGAUAGUGAUAAACUGCCACCACUUCUGCUUGCAGUGGGUGAAAAGGGAAAAGAUCCUCUAGUGGAAGAACAUCCAUCUUGCCAACAGGUCACCUUGAUUCUUGAGGAGGGAGGUCCUAAUCCACUAACUUUUGUCCUAAAUGCAAACUUGCUUGUGAACGUCAAGCUAAUAACUUAUUCUUCAGAAAAGUGCUGGUACUUCUCAACAAAUGGACUACAUGGACUGGGUCAGGAGGAAAUUAUCAUUCUAUUGCAGUGUUUGCCGAAUGAAGAGAUUUUUCCUAGUGAAAUAUUCAAAUUAUUUAUUGACAUCUAUAAGGAUGCCAUGAAAGGAAGAUUAAUAAAAAACAUGGGAAACAUUACUUUUACUGAAAACUUUCUUGGCAACAAAGAGCAUGGAGGAUUCCUGUUUGUUUCACCAACUUUUCAGAAACUUGAUCAUCAAACUCUACCAGAUAAGCCUUUUCUUUGUGGCAUUCUUAUCCAUAAGCUGGAAAUACCCUGGGCAAAAGUUUUUCCAAUCCGUUUAAUGUUGAGAUUGGGAGCAGAAUAUGGGGUGUAUCCAACUCCUGUUGUAAGUUUCAGGCACCGGAAGCCACUCUUUGGAGAGAUAGGACACACAAUUAUGAAUCUGCUUGUUGACCUUAGAAAUUACCAGUAUACUUUGCCUACCAUAGACAACCUAUUUGUUCAUGUGGAAAUGGGUAGGAGCUGUAUUAAAAUACCCUCAAGGAAGUAUAAUGAGGUAAUGAAGGUGAUAAACUCUUCCAAUGAACAUGUAAUUAGUAUUGGAGCAAGUUUUAAUACUGAAGCAGAUUCUCACUUCGUGUGUGUGCAGAAUAAGCAUGGCCUUUAUGACACACAAGCAAUCAGUGCUACUGGACACCCUAGGAAAGUUACAGGUGCGAGUUUUGUGGUGUUUAAUGGAGCCUUAAAAACAUCUUCAGGAUUUUUAGCUAAAUCAAAUAUAGUUGAAGAUGGACUAAUGGUACAAAUAACACAAGAAAUGAUGGAAAGCCUGUGUCAGGCAUUAAGAGACAAGAAGGACUUCAAAAUAACUUGUGGCAAAAUGGAUACACGAGAUGUAAAAGAAUAUGUGGAUAUUUGCUGGGUAGAAGAUGAAGAAAAAACUAACAAAGGAAUUUUAAGCCCAGUUGACGGAAUAUCGAUGGAAGGAACUCUGGGUGAAAAGAUACCACAAGGCAGAGACUUUGAAAGAGAAGGAAAAAUAUUGAAAUGUACCAAAGUAUACUAUUUCCUGAAGGACCGUGAACUAUCCCGUCCAGUUCCUCAGCAGUUUGCUAAAGAGAUUGCUAUUGCCUGCAGUACUGCUCUUUGCCCGCACCUUAAAACCUUGAAAAAUAAUGGGAUGAGUAAGAUCGGCUUGAGGGUUUCUGUUGACUCAGAUAUGGUUGAGUACUUAGCUGGAUCUGAAGGUCGCCUUCUCCCGCAGAACUAUCUGAAUGAACUGGACAGUGCUCUGAUUCCUGUGAUUCACGGUGGAAUGGCAGAUCCUACCAGUCUACCACUGAAAAUUGAAUUAAUAUUUUUCAUUAUAGAACAUCUGUUUUGAUGAUGCUGAAUACAGGCAAUAUACUGAUUUACUAGAUCUGAACACCAAAGUUACAAUUCUACAAACACUAAAAAUGUUAAAGUUUAUAAAUCUGUUAGGCUUAAAUAGAUUUUCAAACUGUUUCUUAAAACUGUCAAAUCCUCUCCGGUUACUUCACCACAGAAGACUUGUAGUUUGUAAUUUUUCCUAAAGUUCUGAAAGUUUACACUUAAUACAGAUCCAGAAGAGGGCAGGUUUUGUUGUUACCUCUUUACACAGUUGUAGCAUUUACUAUAUGUAGUGUAACUUCAAGCCAUACUGUCUUCCCUCUUAACCUCAAAUAAAUGAGUUACUAAAAUGGCUGUGGUUACCUCUGAUCUCUGCAGCGUGUGCUUUCCAUGUGCAGAUGAGCUCAUCGCUGAAGUAGAAGCCGGCACAAAACUGUUUUAUUGCCAUUUGAGAUUCAAACAGGAGAUCUUUUGUAGCUGACUGCAGAUUUCAUGUGUCAGUAUGAAAUGCCACUGCAUGCCUUCUGACACGUGUUCAUGGUCAGCAUGAGGAAGAAUUUUGUAGGUAUGUCUAUAUGAAGACUUUGUAGUUGAAGCCUUUAAUAUUAGGAUAUUGUGCUGGUGCUUCAGGAACAACAUAUGCUCUAAAUUAUUUUUCUUACAGAAUGACUCAUUUCUUUCUUGUAUUUAUAAGAAUUUAUCUAACUUAAAUUGAUGCUAUUUUUAUAAAUACUGGUAUCGUUUCUUUACUUUGUGCUCAGAAGUCCUGAUACAAUUUGACCUUUCAAGGAUUAAUAAUAAACCAGAUUACUGUUGAUGUAAUCUACAUUUAGCAAUAAAUCAGACAAGAAUUCUGCAAUAUCUUUUCUGUUCCUAUCUACUGCUUUUGCCACCUCUGAGUAGCCACCUUUACUUUCAGGGAGAAUUGAUGUAUUAAGUGUGAAUUUUCAUGAACAGGUUGAUUUGUUUGUUUUUCUUUUUUAGUAUGCCUGAGGAUCUUGUAUAUUAUGUAUUUUUGAUAUUGGGUCAUUAAGAUCUAUUUAUGUAUUUGUGAUGCAUGUGAUUUGUACGGAGGUUCAGCGAACCACAGUUAGGGUUUGGUAACUGUCACGCAACUGUUGAUCAAGAACAGAACCAAAACUAAAUAUUAUAUAUAUGCAAGAUACAUAUUGUUUUCAGUAAAAAUGCUGGUACCAUUUUAUAAUGAGACUAUUAAAAAUGUUGAUGCCUUCUUUAUGCUAAUAGGGGAUACUUCAUGUUUUUGUAUCAAAAACAAUUUGUAACUUAACCUCAUCUGCUCUGUGGUUACCUGUGCUUCAAAGUACCAGCCCUAGAAGGGUUCAGGCUUCAGGAUCCUUCCCUGGAGGAAGCUGAGGCAGCAUUUGGGAUGGUUAAUGUAACUUGAGACAAACUGCAGUUCUGGAGAAGCACCAGUUCCUGGCUGUUGUCCCAAGUGCGCUGUCCUGCAUGGGGCAACCAGCAGCAGAGGUGACCAACGGAACAGGUGACUUGCCACUCACCCACUACUAAUGUUAAGUCAAGAACAAUAAAGUUAACUAAAUAUUUGA